AUGAAAGCCGGUUACGUUCGUUACGUGAAGCAUUGUCCCCUGAUUUCGACCUUUGAGGCGCCUCAAAACCCCCUCCACGCACUCUCAGGCGCGGCCAAGCUGACCAUCACGGGCGCGUGUGGCGCCAACAGGACUACCAGGCGCAUCAUCAGCGGGGGUGGCGCCUUCCCCAUAUUCACCUCCCCCUCGUCCGGCCCCACGGGGGGGCUGUUGACUCUGGUCAACCUCAACUUCCAGCGGGCGGCAGGAGGCGUCUUUUACAACGUGCGCACGUCGGUCAACGCAAGUCAAUGCGAUUUUGUCGGAAACACGGGCCCUAUCGUUGGUGGAGGGGUGCUCAGUGAAUCAUUCCCUAUGGCAGCCACCCUUCAAGGCCUCCCAACCCGUCUCUUCUCAAGAUGCACCUUCAGUAGCAACACGGCGCCCACCUUGGGGGGCGGCGCUGUUAGCAUUAACGGGGGCAAUAGCAUGGGCCGAGUGCCGGAUAUGCGCUUUGUGCGCUGUGCCUUCCAGGACAACAGCGCACCCACAAGCCUGGGAGGGGCGAUUUCGGUGGUGGGGAUGGGCUGGGUGCGGUUCGUCAAGUGCUCGUUUUUUGGGAACCGUGCUGGUGUAUCUGGGGGAGGCGUCUUCUCGUCAGACACCUACCUCUCCUUCUCCCAGGCCACCUUCAAUAACAACAUGGCCCUCGGGAAAUACAAUGGCGGCGCCGGCGGUGCCUAUGUCCGCUCUGGUUACGGCUGUGCUGUCUACGCCGUCUCAAACGAGCUGGUACCGAACAUGGCAGUUCGUUUCUGCUCGUCGUCCUUCUCAAGCAACAGAGGCUUCUAUUAA